AUGGCAUUGAAACCAUUUACAUACCCGCUGCCUGAAACGAGGUUUCUUCAUGCAGGCAGGCUUGUGUACAAAUUUAAAAUCCGUUAUGGCAACUUCCACAGUGCUCCUGAUCUCAACAACACUGAAAGUGCUGUCAAGGAGUUAGAGGAAGCGAUUCGAGUAAUCCUUGGAAAUCUUGAUAAUUUGUGCCCAUUUUCUACUGACCACUUCACUAUCUUUCCCUAUUUAAGUAAGUGGGAGAGAGUAUCAAAGAUGAGAUUCAAACAUAAGAAUGUCCAUCUUGUGCCGUAUCCCUACAUUUGCACGAUGUAUUUAGAGCUCAACUCAUUUCAACAAAACUUAUCUUGUGGAGGGGUGUACAGCUUCUCAGAGCCAACAGAGUCCAUGAUCACCCUCCUAUGGACAUGA